AUGUCGAUGCUGCUAGAUGCACCAACAACACGGGCCUCAGGAUGCUCUCGCACGAGCGUGCCGCCUCUGAGCGCCAGUUUGGCUCCUGCCAUGGUGCGGCAAAGGACGCCCCUUACACUGCAUGCGCAGUGGACUGUCUUCGGAAAUGCAACUGGGCUGGCAGCUUGUGCGGCACUGAGUCAGCGCUCUCGCGGGAUGCGUCGACGUCACCUGCUGCAGGCCUGCAAGGUGGAUUCCGUCACAGACGUGGAGCUCGGUUCAGAUGCCGCGGCUUUGCUCAACGAAGUUCUUGAUGUGCUGCGGAAAGCAAAUCGACCCCUUCAUUUGACCGAGCUCGGGUCUGCCGUGGAGUGGAGUGUGGAACGGCGGCUGAAGCACGGGCGCUUUGCAUCUUUUGUCCGCAGACAGCGUGAACUCUGGGUGUCUGGAGGCAUGGUGGGGGAGGCGCGACUUCGUGCCUGGGAGCCAGAUGGUCGGUGUGGAAAGCGGCAUCUGACUGAGCUCCGGGUACUGGAGUUGUUUUCGGGCAUUGGAGGAUUCCGAGCUGCUUUCCACCGCGCAUGUGCUCAAGCAGGACGUCCUGUGGAAGAUGGCGAGUUGAAGCAGUGGGUCAAUUUCGAGGCCUCUAAGCUGGCAAACGAGGUCUACAGCAGCAAUUUCGAAGUCCCAUAUGCUCCUCUGUUACCGAAAGACAUUCGUCGACUUCGGCCGAGCGAGGUGGACUCUUCCGACCUUUGGAUACUGUCUCCGCCAUGUCAGCCAUACACGCGUUUGGGUCGUCGUGGCGACCUUGGGGACCGGCGGGCACAGCCCCUGCGGCACUUGGCCUCGCUGUUAUCGCAGCUGGAGGAGCCUCCACAGGCGAUCCUGCUGGAAAAUGUCGUGGGCUUUGAAAGUUCGGAAUCCUUCAAGAUGAUCAAGCAGGCUUUGCUGCGAGCAAACUUCGAAGUUCGCGUAUUCCAGCUGAGCCCUCUUCAGCUCGGUAUCCCCAACAGAAGGCCGCGCAUUUACCUCCUCGCCCGACGGACCGCAGAGACCGCGGAGCCCGGCAAACCGGAGUUAGAAAAGGACUUCCCUGGCGCAGCGGUUUUUCCAGAGGCUCCACGGCCCUUGUCGGAGUACUUGGAACCAGAUGAGGACUUGGAUCUAGAAACCUGCUGCGUUCCAACGCGGAUGCUUGAACUCCUGGAAGCUCGAAGUCAGCGCUGGGAGGUGGUGACUCCUAAGAGCACAAGCUCAUCAACCUUCACGGCAGGCUACACCACUGCCUGUUUCGAAGCUCAUCGAUUUGGACCGCUUCUGGCCAAGGACGACGCACUCCCAGGCGACAGUGACAGCGAAGAAGCCUGGUGUCGGCCGGUCUUGCUGCCUGGCGGGCGAGUGAAGCGCCUUGUGAUGCCUGGAGAGCGUGUGAGGUACUUCACACCUCGAGAGCUGCUCCAGAUCGCCGGAUUUCCCUGCAGCUUUUGCUUCCCAUCAACUAUCACGCCACGCCAGCGUUACAAGCUCAUCGGGGACUCAGUCAACGUUGAUGUGGUUGCUAAGCUGCUGCAUUUUCUUAUCUUUGAGUGGUCUGAUGUUGGCCGGAACAACAAAAAGGACGUUUGA